CAACUACUGCAUGCUUCUCCUUGCUCCUGCCUCAGUGCCUCCAAUAGCAAAAAACCCAUUUUCCAAGCACCUCUGUACCCUUGGCCAGAUCACAGAGUAUAAAGUACAAGAUGACGGAAAAGGCUGGUGCUGUAAUUGGAAUCAACCUCGGAAACUCGUACGGCUCCCUCGCCUGCAUCAAUCAGCACGGACGAGCGGACGUCAUCGCCAACGAGGAUGGAGAGAGGCAGUUGGCGACCAGGAUCGCUUUCGCCGGUGAUCAGGUCUACAUAGGCAACCAAGCGACACCGCAGCUUGUUCGCAAUGCACCAAAUGUCAUCGACCGCUUUGUCAACCUCCUCGGCGUCAAGUUUUCUCAAGCGACAGAGGCCGACAAGAAGCGCAUCUCAUCGCCGCUCAUUGACGUUGGUGAUGACACUCCCGGGUUUGAAGUAGAGAUCAAUGGAGAGAAGACCAAGCUCUCGGCCCACCAGGUUGCAGUUCGUUACCUCAAUUCGCUCUUCCUCACUGCAAAGGAGUUCCUCUCGGGUGUUCCAAUCGCAGGCUGCGUGCUUUCUUACCCGCCAUUCUUCUCAUCAACGCAAAUGGAGGCUUUGAAGAAGGCAGCGCAAGAAGCUGGCCUGAUCGCACUACAGCUUGUUCCAACUUCCGCAGCCGCCCUCGUAGCGUACAACCUGACAUCUCCUCUUCCUGGUGGACAGCUACCUGCUCACCCUGAUGGAGAGGCCGCAGAAUCUGCUGAAUACCCGUCUACCAAAGUCCUUGACCGCAAUGUCGUCGUGCUCGACGUAGGUGGCUCUUCGACCGACGUGACUGUGAUCAGUGCGCGCGCAGGACUGUACUCAGUCCUCGCCUAUGUGCAUGACGCGGCUCUCGGAGGCGCGACGAUCGACGAUGCUAUGAUCCAAUACUUUGCAAAAGAAUUUACCAAGAAAACCAAGGUGGCCAUCGAGGCAGGCAACACGAGAGCAUGGACCAAGCUCAGGAACGAAGUCGAGGUGACCAAGCGUGCGCUCAGCGCGAGCAACAGCGCACAGUGCAGCGUCGAAUCUCUCGCAGAGGGCAUCGACUUUAGCGGGCCGCUGAACCGGAUGAGGCUGGACAUGCUCGCCGCCAAGGUGUACGACGGUGCCAUCUCGGCCAUCAAGCAAGCAUUGAAGGAGGCAGGGUUGGAAGCUGCGCACGUCGACGAAGUCGUCCUUGCGGGCGGCUCGGCACGAUUGGGUGGGUUUGUCGAUGCGCUACAGGUGCUGUUCCCCGAGGAGACGAGCCACACGAAGGUCACUUCGUCCAUCGACUCGGACCAGGUCAUUGCCCGAGGCUGUGCGAUCCAAGCGCAGGCGCUCGCUGCACUGACCACGCUCGGCGAGACGCCCGAGCGCAAGCACAUCUCUGACCUUCCCGUCAAGGGUCAUGCGGAGAUCCUCGAGUUGAAAACGCCGGCGACAAGCAAGGCUAUUGGACUCGUCGUCCCUGCACCUGAUGUGUCCAAGCUGAACGGCUCCGCGCGCCCGACAGAGAAGGCGAUUGUCGACGGCAAGCUGUUCGUUCCGAUCAUCGCGGAGAAGACGCCGCUGCCCGCUAGGCGCGUCGUUCAACUGCUCUCGAAUGCUACCGCUUCUGCGCUGCUCGAGUUCGCCGAGGCGGAGAGCGAGAUCCACAUCGAGACGAUCGCGCCUCCCGAGGCAGAUCCAGUGGACGAGGAUGAGGACGAGGAGCCUCUCGAGCCGGAGGAGGUGCGGACGGUCGUGUAUAAGCCUUCGCGCUCGCUCGGCCAGCUCGCCGCACCGGCGGGCAAGAGCGGGAAGAUCCAAGUGCAGGUCAUCGUCAAUGUGGACGGGUCAGUCGACAUCAAGGCUGGCGAACCUGGUGCGGAGUCUGCUGCGGAGCUCAAGCUCCCCGCUCCAUAGACUUGAAAGUAGUUCAAUGCAUCGUUUUUCUUUUCGAAUUAAUAGAUGGU